GGAGGGGUGGGCGGGACUGCACUAAACGCAAACAUGGCAGCGUCCUUAGAUGAUGAUUUUGAGUUAGACAAUCGGGACUACUACUCUCUACUCAACGUCAGGAAAGAGGCUACAUUGGAGGAGCUCAAGGCGUCAUAUCGGAGGCUGUGUAUGCUCUACCAUCCCGACAAACAUCGAGACCCAGAGCUGAAGAGCCAAGCUGAACAGCUUUUCAACCAGGUGCACCAGGCAUAUGAAGUGCUGAGUGAUGCUCACUCCAGAGCUAUCUAUGACAUUUUUGGGAAGAAAGGGUUGGAGGUGGAAGGUUGGGAGGUGGUGGAGAGGAAGAGAACUCCAGCAGAAAUUCGAGAGGAGUACGAAAGGCUGCAGAGAGAAAGAGAAGAGAGGAGGCUGCAGCAAAGAACUAACCCCAAGGGCACCAUCAGCGUGGGCGUGGAUGCAACAGACCUGUUUGACCGCUAUGAUGAGGACUUUGAAGAGAUGCCAGGAGGAGGAUUUCCUCAUAUUGAAAUCAACAAGAUGCACAUUUCCCAGUCCAUAGAGGCUCCUUUGACGAACUCUGAUACAGCAGUGCUGUCUGGUUCGCUCUCAACGCACAAUGGGAACGGAGGGGGCAACAUUAACAUGACCGUCCGAAGGGUUACGUCAGCCAAGGGCUGGGGAGAGGUAGAGUUAGGUGCAGGAGACAUACUUGGACCUCUCAUUGGGUUAAAGGUGUUUCGCAACCUCACUCAACGGUGUUUCUUGACAGCACAGUGUGGCUUGCAGUUCUCACCUCGAGGUUUACGGCCGAGCUGUUCUCUGAUGACAGCGCGCCACCUGGACCAGAACACCAUGGGUUAUCUGCAGUGGCGCUGGGGGCCCAACAGCGCCAUGACCACCAGCCUGGUGCGAGACACAAAGAGCAGCCACUUUACUCUCGCUCUGCAGCUGGGUGUGCCUCACUCAUACCUGAUGAUGAGCUACCAGUACAAGUUCCAGGAUGAGGACCAGACCAAAGUGAAAGGCUCUGUGAAGACGGGCUGGUUUGGGACUGUGGUGGAAUAUGGAGCAGAGAGGAAGAUCAGCCGGCACAGUGUCCUGUCAGCCGCUGUCAGCAUUGGGGUCCCUCAGGGAGUUACACUCAAAAUCAAGUUGGUGCGCGCCAGUCAGACUUACCUGUUUCCAGUUCACCUAACAGAUCAGCUGCUGCCCAGUGCUGUCUUCUACGCCACCGUGGGACCCCUGCUGGUCUACAUGGCCAUCCACAGACUGAUCAUAAUCCCUUAUACACAAGCACAAAAAGAGGAGGAGCUGGAGCUGCAGAGGAAGAGCUCAGCCACAGACAUCGCCAAGAAGAAGCACGAGGCAGAGUCGGCUGUUCUGCUGAUGCAGGAGUCUGUGAGGAGAAUCAUAGAAGCGGAAGAAUCCAAGAUGGGUCUGAUCAUCCUGAAUGCCUGGUAUGGAAAGUUUGUGUCCGACACCAGCCAGAAGCAGGACAAAGCAAAGGUCAUAGACGUCACUGUGCCUCUGCAGUGCCUGGUCAAGGACUCCAAGCUCAUCCUCACCGAGGCCUCUAAGGCAGGGUUGCCAGGCUUCUACGACCCCUGUGUGGGAGAGGAGAAGAGUCUCAAAUUACUGUACCAGUUCAGAGGUGUCAUGCACCAAGUCAUUUCUGCAGACACAGAGUCGCUACGGAUACCCAAGCAAUCUCACAGAAUUGAGUCAGAGUCCUAGGAGUCCACCACUGUUGUAGCACCAGAGGGCGAAAUGCAGAAAAGAACCGACUUUUUGUAACCAGAAGAACCCAAGAAAGGAGGGGCCACACCAACAAGAAGUCUGUUUCUCUCCUCUGGUCCUCCUAUGUCAUGGUGUUAGUGAAUCUGUUUUCAAGUACCUCCAC